AUGAGGGAGAUCGACGUGGCUGAAGAGCAGGUAGCUUCCAAGAAAGUGUCGGAAGCGAUCACCAGGACGCUUCCUUUCCUGCGUCGGUACGCCCGGGCCGUCACCGGCUCGCAGCAGCAGGGCGACGAAUGGGUUCGCCUCUGCGCUGAAGUUGCCGUUCAGCAGCCGGAACUGAUCGCCGAGGCCGAGGAUACCAAGGUCGGCGUGUUCGCGCUGUUCCAUCGCCUGCGCCAGCCGUUCGGGGAUAUCGAGGAAGCGGCCGCCGGUGGCGAGAGCGUUCGCGGGCGGCUGAAGGAAUCGCUGACCGACAUGGCGCCGAUGCAGCGCCAGGUGCUGCUGCUCACCGUGCUCGAGGGCUUCACGGUCACCGAUGCCGCUCACAUCCUGGGUGUAAGCGUCGACGACGCGGAGCGCAGCCUCGAGGAAGCACGUCGCGAACUGCAGCGUGUCGCGUCUGUCCGCAUCCUCGUGAUCGAGGACGACGCGGUCAUCGCGCUCGACGUCGCCGACAUCGUGCGCAACGCCGGCCAUGAGGUCGUGGGCAUCGCUGCUACCGAAAAAACCGCCAUCGAACUGGCCAAGAAGCACUCGCCCCAUCUCGUGCUGGCCGACAUCCAGCUUCGCGGCUCGGACAGCGGCAUCUCGGCGGUGAACCAGAUCAUGAAGUCGAUGUCUGUUCCG